AUGACCGACUACACCUCGGGCAUCAUGCCCCUGACUCAGGUCCAUCGCCCUCCCUUUACCGUCCAGGCACCUGGCGUCGAAAAGAUUCCCGGCGAGACCAUUCCUCGCCGCCAUCCUCGCGCAAAGAACGGCCUCCUCAACCGCCCAGCCAAGGACGUCCACACAGUCUUCGACAUCGUCCGUCGCAGCGCCCGCGUCUACCCCAACAACAACGCUGUCGGUACCCGCAAACUUGUCAAGCUUCACAAGGAGACCAAAAAGGUCAAGAAGAACAUCGAUGGCGAGGUCCGCGAGGUUGACAAGGAGUGGCAAUUCUUCGAGCUCUCUCCCUUCUCAUUUAUCAACUACAAGCAGUACGAGGAGCUCGUCCUCGAAAUCGCCUCUGGUCUGCGGCACUAUGGCCUUGGCUCCGAGGACAAGCUGCAUCUCUUUGCUACCACCAGCGCCGGCUGGUCCUCUAUUGCCCACGCCUGCGCUUCCCAGUCCAUUUCUAUUGUCACCGCAUACGACACCCUGGGCGAGAGCGGCGUCGCCCACUCUCUCCUUCAGACCGAUGCCAAGGCCAUGUUUGUCGACCCCCACCUGCUCAAGACCGCCGCCAAACCCAUCAAAGACUCCAAGGUCAAGCUCGUCAUCAUUAACGAGGAGUGCAUCUUUGCCGAGGGCGGCGAGGUCGAGGCUUUCCGGGCUGACAACCCUGAUCUCACCGUCGUCUCCUACCAGCAGCUCCGCGAGGCUGGCAAGAACAACAUGGUCGAGCCCAACCCCGCCAAGGACAAGGACCUAUUUUGCAUCAUGUACACCUCUGGCUCCACCGGUCUGCCCAAGGGUGCUUGCAUCACCCACGAGUCUCUCGUCUCUGGCAUCACCGGUCUCCUCACCUGCGUCGACGAAUGCGUCAGUGAUAGAGAAGUCGUCCUCGCCUACCUCCCCCUCGCCCACAUCUUCGAAAUGGCCCUCGAGAACCUGCUCAUGUUCAUUGGCGGAACCAUCGGCUACGGCAACCCCCGCACCCUCUCUGACACCUCGGUCAAGAAUUGCGCUGGUGAUAUGCGUGAACUCAGACCCACCGUCAUGGUGGGUGUUCCCCAGGUUUGGGAGACUGUUAAGAAGGGCGUUAUGGCCAAGCUCGAGAGCGCUAGCGCCAUUCAGCAGAGCCUUUUCUGGGGCGCCUUCAACUACAAGACCUUCAUGACUAGAAAUAAGCUGCCCUUUGCCAGCAUCUUUGAUGGCAUCGUCUUCUCCAAGGUCCGCACUCUCACUGGUGGUCGUCUACGCUUCACCAUGAACGGUGCCAGCGGUAUUUCUGAGGGCACCAAGCACUUCCUUUCUCUCAUCCUUGGCCCCAUGCUGGCUGGCUAUGGUCUCACCGAGACUUGUGCCAAUGGCGCUCUUGGUUGCCCCCUUGAGUACUCGCCUUUUGCCAUUGGCCCCAUGCCUGCUUCCAUCGAGAUCAAGCUCGUUUCUAUCCCCGAAAUUGGCUACGAUGCCGACGCCAAGGUCCCCCAGGGUGAGAUCUGGAUUCGUGGUCUCCCCGUUAUGAAGGAGUACUUCAACAACCCCGAGGAAACCGCCAAGGCCAUCACCGAGGAUGGCUGGUUCAAGAGCGGUGACAUUGGUGAGUUUGACGAGAACGGUCAUCUCAAGGUCAUCGACCGCGUCAAGAACCUCGUCAAGAUGGCUGGCGGUGAAUACAUUGCUUUGGAAAAGGUCGAGUCCGUCUACCGCGGCACCCAGACCGUCGCCAACCUCAUGAUCCACGCGGAUCCCGAGAAGAACCGCCCCAUCGCCGUUGUCAUGGCCAAUCACGCCGUUCUCGUCCAAAAGGCCAAGGACCUCGGCGUCGACGAGCACCACAUGCACACCGACCCCAAGGUCAAUGCCCUGGUGCUCAAGGACCUGCAAACUACUGGUCGCCGCGGUGGUCUAAGCGGCAUGGAGAUUGUUGCCGGCGUUGUCAUUACUGAGGAAGAAUGGCUACCCCCCACUGGUCUUGUGACCGCUACCCAAAAGCUCAACCGCAAGGUCAUUCGCGAACGCUACGAAAAGGAGAUUUCCGAGUGUGUCAAGAACAUCUAA